UUUUUUUUUUGUAUCUUCUUUUUUGAGUUGGAACUUACAAAAUGGACAAGCAAACUAAAUAUGUGGAGUGUCGAAAACGAAAUGAGCAACAGCUUCUAAAAAUAAGAAGCCUUGGUACACUUGAAUCCUGCUUUUUUUUUUCAACUGAACACGACCUUCAUUAAACACACACACAUACACCCCUUUUCUUUAUUUAGAGACCCAAAUUCUCCAUGCAAAGCAGUUAUUACAACAAGAACACCAAGAGGCCACGGCAAUACGAGAUAAAAAUAACACCUAUAAAGCAAUGACCCUCCAGCAAGAACAGUACCAACUUCAAUUAUCCGCCGCCCACGACAGAGCCUCUUUAAUAACUCCCUUAGCAAAACCAUUGCCCAUCGGUAGUAAGCGCGACCUGACGGAAAUACUCGCCAUUACCCAUGAAAAGAUUUACCAAAAGAUACACGAUCUGAUCCGUACCCAAUGGAACGAUAAUCGAUCCUUGCCAGCUUCAAAGCUGUCUGUGAUCAGACAACAAAUUUCUCGUUUACCCGAUUUGCCAUCGGAGCAACCGCUUCUUGAGAUAAGUGAAAGUCUCCUAUCGUCCUUGCAGGAUCUCCAUGCCCAACUUGAACUGUCUUACCACUUGCAACAUCAAGGCAUUGACCAACAAAAGAAGCAAUUCAUAAACGAGUUUCAAUCGCACCGUCUGGCAAAGACCGCUUCGUUGCAAAAGACACUGGAAGAACUGAAUGAAGAAUAUAAGGAGUCGGAAAAGGCGUUGGUGCAGCGUGUAAGGGAAUUGUAUGACGACCCAGCUAUUCAAUCACUCGUAAUUAAAUCCAAGAGACUGAAAGCUUUAACUUGUCGGGUGAAGACCGAAUUAGGUUAUAUGGCACUUCAACCUGACAUUUUAUUCAAGCAAAUUCAAAAAAUCGAGAGCCAGGAUCCACCACCAGGAGUAGUAGUGAAAAAGGACUCUGUCCCGCUAGAAGAAAUUAUAGGUUUAAAAGAUAAGAUUUUAUUGUUGCUUGAAACAAACAAACAAAUUCAUGAAGAUUUAACAAGACAAUGGAAAGAAAUAAACAAAGGACGCCUCACACAAGUGGAUCAAUGUAUGGAAAGAAUAGAGACAGCAAAAUUGAAAAUCAAGAAGGAUAAAGUGGUUCAAGAAAUCGAUAGCAUGACACCCAAUGAACUAUUGGAAACAAAAAAUGUCAUGAGCCCUCAUACCUCUAUCUCGACUAUUCAAUUGGUCAAUAAAAUCAUGGAGUCCAUCCGGUCUGUGAAUGAAUUUGAAAAAGAUGGGAUUGCACAAGUAUGUUCUGAUAUUAGGAAAACAUUGGAUUCUCUUUUAGAGAAAUGGAGUACGUCCUUAGAUAAACAGGAUAUUCCAAUUUUAACAAGCGUGCCUACAUGUCACGAUGGAAUUGACAAUGUGAUACAAUCCAUCGAUGCCAUACGAUUGAAUUUUCAAGAAAAGGAACGCUCUUAUAAGCAAAUCCAGCAACAAAAAUUUCAAACAUUGCUUCAAUCCACAAAUACGAUUGAAAAUGAAAUUCUGCAUACAGAAAAUGCAUUAGAAGAACGUCAACUGAUUUCAAAAAUCGGUCAAUCUUUUAUCAUCAAAAAUAAAUCGUUUGAUGAAUGGUUGGACGAGCUUGAAAAAAAGAAUUAGUUUAUGUCUGCAGUUUAUUAUUAUUAAAAAAUAGAAGGUCCUACCCUUAUCAUCAAACAGAUACUAAAAGGUUAUUCGCUAUAAAAUUAUACAAUCACAACAUUUGGAGAAUUCACAAGAC